AUGAAGACGGCAAAGGCUGUUCAAGCUCCUUUUGGACCUAGUAGACAGCAGUCUGACACCUCAGUACGGAACGCCGCAAAGAGGAGCGAUUCGUCACUUGUAGGAGAGAGCUCCGCUUCAUCAAGCUCACAACAACACCCCCAUCCCAGUGCAAUGGAGCGGAAACCGCUUGCCCGCUCUCAAACUACCCCCAACCUCCCCACUCCGGCAUCUCGGACACCCAGCGUAGCAUCCAGCUCUAGCAAAGACAAUGACAUGCUCCGCCCCACUGGUCUACGCACAAGCAGAGGCUUCGGCCGCAUCGUAAAAGCCGGCGUGCAAUCCCCCAUGGAACUCUCCGUCGGCAUAACAAAAGGCUUCCACAACGCGCCCAAGCUCUGGAACGACACCACCGUGCGCCCGCAAGAAAAAGUCUCCGAUCUAAAAUCCAGUAUGGUAGCUAUAGGCCGCGAAUUUGGUUUCGGCUGGUACGACGGCGUCACUGGUCUCUUUACACAGCCCUGGAAGGGUGCCCAGAAAGAAGGCGCUAGUGGCUUUUUCAAGGGCGUAGGAAAGGGUAUUGGGGGUUUUAUAGCUAAGCCGGGGGCGGCGCUAUUUGGGAUACCGAGUUAUAUGAUGAAGGGGGUGCAUAAGGAGGUGCAGAAGAGGUUCGGGGGUAGUGUGCAGACGUAUAUUGUUACGAGUAGGACGGCGCAGGGGUAUCAGGAGUGGGUGCAGAGUGGGGAGGAGGAGAAGCAGGAUGUUGUUGAGAGGUGGAUGUUGAUUCAGAAGUAUUUGAAGAAGAAAGAUGGGCUUGAUGAGAUGAUGAAAGAUGUUUUGGAUGCACAGCGGAAGGGGAAGGCGGUUGAUGGGUCUACCGCGGAUUCAGCCCGGUCUGCGGAUGCUUCUAUCCAAGAUAUGGGAAGUGGUACACUCACCUCGGAGUACAAUUCGCAUACUACGGGUACCGAACCUGAAGUACCGCUCGGAGCGGCGGAGACCAGCGGGUCUAUCCAUCAGCCAGUACAAGAAACGCCGCGCGCAGGCGCUGAAGCAGAAUCCAGUGAGGAACUACUCCAGGCGAUGGCUUCCAGCGAAGUCGAAGCGCAGCAACACUCAAGAGAAACCCUGGAAUUCGAAGAACAGCUGAAACAAGCCAUGGCGCAAAGUCUCCAGGAACAGCGUCAGAUGAACGAAGACAAUGCAUGUGAAGAUCUCGAUAGGGAGCGAGCAGGAAAAUCUGAGCAAGUAGCAGCUACAACGAGUAAUGGGUCACUAGGCGCCCAAAGGCCGCCCUCGUAUGACUACGGUCAUCUUGGAGGCACUACGCAAGGUGAAUUCCAGUCACAAAAAUCAGGUGAGAAGACGAUGGAGGAAAAGACGGAAGAAGAGAUUGUGAUGGCGUACGUCAAGAAGCAAAGUCUUCUGGAAGCGCACCAUCAUAGGAAAGGCAAAGGGCGGGCUUCGACUGCGGAAAGUGGGGAUGAGGAAGAGUUGCAGAAGGCGCUAAGCUUGAGUAUGCAAGGACACGAGUGA